UCCCGCCCGCCUAAUUAAAUUUUUUUUUCUUAUCAAGCCUGCAGUCUGCGGAGUGAUUAGCGUUUUUGUUUUACAAAAGUUUUAAAUUACAUUACAAAUUCUUCUAAGUUUUCCUAAUUUUGUUUAUUAAUUUAUCGCAUUUUUGAUUGAUUAUUCGCAUUCCGAACAAAAGGUAUACGUUGAAGGGGAUAUUCGAUUGGCAUCCAUUAAUCAGAUCUCUUCAGAGCUAUCUACAGAUUCCCAUAAUGGCUUGGUUAUGUCUUGAAUCGAAUCCCGACGUUUUCACCAAGAUGAUAGGUGAACUUGGUGUACCAGAUACAUGGGAAGUAUGUGAUGUGUACGGAUUGGAUGAUGACCUGUUGGGCAUGGUCCCGCAACCUGUUCUUGCUAUAAUGCUUCUCUAUCCUGUCAAUGAGAAAGUCGAGGAAUUUGAAAAAGAACAAGUUGAAAAAGCCGUGAAAAAUAAUGAAAAGGUUCCUGAUAGUUUAGUGUAUUUUAAACAAUAUGUUAGCAAUGCCUGCGGUACAGUGGCAUUGAUUCAUAGCAUUGCUAAUAACCUAGAUAGGAUUGACUUAGCGGAUGGGCCUAUUAAGAAUUUUAUAAACUCCAUUCGAGGUUUGAGCCCCGAAGAAGCUGGAAAGCUGUUGCAACAGUCAGAAAUUUCCCAAGUGCACGAUAAAGUAGCGAGAGAAGGCCAGACGAAGGCUCCGGAUCCGAAUGAGAGCGCCAAUUUCCAUUAUGUCGCAUUCGUUGAAAAAGAUGGAUGUUUAUUCGAAUUAGAUGGAAGAAAGCCGUUGCCAAUCAAUCAUGGUCCAACCACCAAAGAAACACUUCUACAAGAUUCUGUUCGCGAGGUCAAGAAAUACGUGGCAAGUGACCCACAAAAUCCUCUGUUCAACGUGCUUGCGCUAACCGCGAAGUUAUUGUGAUUGAUCCACGAGUUUGCCCGCAUUUUAUCGUAAUAUAUAUAUACCGAGAUUUUUUUAUUUUCAUUUUUCUAUUUAAUCACCGUAUCAUUUUUGUGAAAAGAAGCUAUGUAUUAAAAUCAGUUUGCGCUAUUCAAGUAUUCUAAUAUAAUAUUAUUCGUUUACGCGUA